AUGUCCAACAACCAACCACCCCCCUCACACUGGGGGCAAGCUGGCUACGAACAGUGGCCACCCUACCCCGGCAUGAUGCCUUCGAACCCGUACCUUCCCACUGCCCCUCUUCCUUCAACACCGCCUUUCCCCAACCCUAGUCACACUUUUCCUUACAACAUGCGGGCUCCUGACGCGAACGCACCCGCUCCACCCCCGAGCGCUUCUGCUGGCCCAGCACUUUUUUACCAACCGGCUUUUCCUUACACAGGACAUCUUGACGCAUCGAACAUUUCCACACCAGGAUUGCCGCACUUGCCGAUCCCUCCCUAUGGGUAUCCGCCGGUCCCAGCUCCAUCUGGAUCCUCGCAGCCUCUCUCCGGACCUUGGGAGAUACGCUCAACAGACGCGAAUCAGGCGCCGGCUUCUCGGUCGCAAACACAAGGCCCAGGCGACAUCAUUAUGAAUCGCGAAGAAGGCGAGCUCAGUGAGCAUGGAGAUAGGCCCACUGACACGCCCAACAAGGCUUCGGCACAGCAGUCAUAUUCGGCUCCGCACUGUGGCUUGGAGGAGGGUGAGACCGUCUCAUCAGCAACUUCGAGCGGAAGCAGCUCACGUACAUCUCCCUACACAUCAUUUACACGUGAUCGAAAGGCUAAUUCUUCUUUGAAACCCGCAGCUUACAACCCUCCUUUAUCAGUCUCCGCCGAUGCCGACGUGGUCCACCGUGCGAUCGAGAACCAAAAACGGGACGUCCCUUUGGCUAGUUCGGAAAAGUCGGAAGAAGCAUCUACCAAAUCCACAGCGCAGAUGAAAAUCCAAGCCAAGGGCGCUUUGCUCAGCCUGGCAGCCCAUGGCAUUCGUUAUGACGAAUUGGUAGCGGAGGGUUGCAACGCUGCAAUCUUGAGAACCCUCUACGCGGAGAUAGGCAUCAGGGUUCCCACGUCUCAAGCGGACAACGCAUCCAUUGAGAAAAGAGGCAAGUCAACUGCACUUCGAACGGAGAAGCCCGCAACUACGACGCUCGCCACGGCAAAGUCCUCGGGCAUGCCCAUCAUCGCGACGACCUCUUCUGCCCCAAUUGCACCUACCGCUUCGUCCUCGCACGUUACCAAAUCCAGCGAAAUCAAGGAUUCUACGAGUCAUGAGAGGGCCAAUCCUGAGCUGCCAGUGAAAGACGCGUCCAAGUUGUCAGAGCCUGUGCCGGCUGCGUCUGUGCCAAGCUCGAAGAAGCCCAUGGAGAGAAAAGAGGUCAUUGCCAAGAUGCUUGCUGCCAAGGCUGCUCAAGCAUCCGAACCGAACGCCCCGUCCAAGGAAACCUCUAUCUCUGCUGCGACCAAGGAUUCACCGGCAGAAACAACCAAACUUCCAGUGCGGGAAAUAAACAAAGCAAAAACCGAACUGGCCAGGCAAAGGAUCGAAGAACUAAAGAAGAAAAUGCUAUUGAAGCAACGAGAACAACAACAAAUCGAGGCUCAACAGCUUGGCCAGGCUUCGACCACUGCUCAACCUAACCAGCCUGCAGUUCCCGGCGUUACUUCUGCGCCCGCAGUGCAGCACCCACUUCCUGUUCGCCCUCCUUCUCCGUCUGCGGAGCCUGCCAAAAUUCCAGGGUUGUCCUUGUUGGGGUCCAAUCCAGACCAAACUGCACCUGCUGUUCACCCGUUGGCUUUGAAUUCCGUUACUGUUAACUCAACCCCAGUAUCUCGGUCAGCGCAGCGCAAAAGACUCCAGGCUUCGGACUUCGAUGAACCAGUCGGUUCGCCAAAGAAACCUUUUAACAGUUCCGAGGCGCCACCCCUCACGGAAACCAAGCUCAUCAUUGACAUUAGCGAAGAUGAUGAAUCUCUCUACGGAGAUGAUCAGGGGGAUGGCAUGGACAUCGAUUCUGGCCCCGCGGUUGCUCCCAUUUCUACCAGGUCGACUCUUUCGCGAAAUUCUUCGGCUGUUCGCGCAUCGACCUCGACCCCUCAAGAACACGAUCAAGAGAGCAUACGUGAGAAACAAUUGGAAAUCGAGGCUCUGCAUCGGAAGAUAGCAGAAGCCGAAGAAAGACAGAAAGCAAGACUGGCGGCCAGCGGCACCCAAUCCCCUCGCACUGGUAAUGACUCCAGCGUUUCGUCAAGUGCACAAUCACACAUACCGGAUGCGCGCGAAGAUGACCUUGCCGUGGACGGAAAUGUUCGGCAGGAAAUAAACGAUCAAAAUCGCACCACAACGGAUGUCCACGUGGGUGACACAGUCAUGAACGAAACUGAAUACGAAAUGUAUGGACGGAGCCUGUUUGCGAAUCUCCCCGACAGUGAAAAGGGUAAGUCUUUCUUCGAGCUGGAAGAAGAGCAACAAGGUUUUAUCUUACACAAGUUACAGCAAAAGGGAUAUCGCCGUUCGCCGAGUCACAUGGACCAUAUGAUUCAAACGUACCUUCAAGGAGUGCAGCGCAGAAGAGAGGAGUACAGCAUGCAGGCGAGGGCACGACAAGCACGAGCUCAGCAGCAAGCUCAGUGGGCGCUAGCAGUACGAGCUCGGGACCAAGCUCGGCAGCAUCGGCAGUGA